AUGAGGGAAAGAGGGUAUGAUUCUUCUUGUCCUUUCUGUGGUUUUGCUGUGGAGUCUUUGACUCAUGUUUUCUUUGAUUGUCCUUAUGCUAAGUCGGUUUGGGCCUUGCCCCCGGGGCCUAAUGUUUCUAAUGUGCAUAGUAGUGACUCUUUUUUAGAUCAUUAUAAUGAAUGGACUAGGGAUGAUUCGACUUCUUUGUCUUUAGAAGUAGCUGCAACUAAAGUUUGGCAUAUAUUGAAAGAGAGAUGCGAUAGGGUGUUCUCUAACAAAACUAGUAUUAGUAUUAGUUUGUCCAUACAAAUCCAGAGGUUUAUACAGUUUUGGACUCCUUCUAGGAAUGUUGAUCAGGAUAGUGCCACUGUGAUUAUUCCAAGUUCGACGUUGCCUUUACCUAAUAGACAGUGGACUAUUCCCUUAGGUUACGGGAUUGUUAUUCGUAAUGCACUAGGGUACCAAGGAGCAAGAGGAGGGAACUGUCGGGUUUCGUCUCCUGAAGAAGCUGAAGCACUAGCUGUUUUUGAAGCCACAAAAUGGGCGAGGGAGAAAGCCUUAACAAAUUUCUCUUUGGAAGGGGACUGCAAAAAUGUAAUGGACUAUUUGAAUGGAAUGAAUACUUCAAUCACUUGGCAGGUACAAAGAUUACUUGAUGAAGUAAAAAAGAUGGUGGCUGAAGUUACAAAUUUUUAA